AUGAGUCAAGAUCCGUCUCUCAAGAUGAGCAAGGACUUGGACGGCCAGACGGUGCACGAGGUCCAGGACGAUGGGCCGGCGCCCAGUCUGGUCGUGGACUGGACGAUUGAGGAAGAGAAGAGGGCGAAGCGCAAACUCGACUUGAUCAUCAUGCCCAUUCUUACCCUCGGGUUCUUCUGUCUACAGCUUGACCGCGGCAACAUGGCCAACGCCAUCACCGACAACUUCAUGCGCGACGUCCGCAUCGACCAGGACCAGUUCAACGUCGGCCAGCAGAUGCUCUCCCUCGGCAUCGUCCUCACCGAGAUCCCCGCCAACAUGAUCCUCUACCGCGUCGGCCCCGGCCGCUGGCUCACCCUCCAGCUCUUCCUCUUCGGCACCGUCAGCACCUUCCAGGCCUUCCAGCGCGGCUACGGCGCCUUCGUCGCCACCCGCUUCCUCCUCGGCAUCACCGAGUCCGGCUUCAUCCCCGGCGGCCUCUGGACGCUGUCCACGUGGUACACCCGCACGGAGACGGCCAAGCGCGUCAUGGUGUUUUACUUUGGCAACCAGAUUGGCCAGGCGUCGGCGAAGCUGCUCGCGUUCGGGAUCCUGCACAUGCGAGGGGUGGGCGGGCAGCCGGGCUGGUUUUGGUUGUUUGCGCUGAUGGGCGCGUUCACGGUGCUGAGCGGGCUGGUGUUUGGGUUCUGUCUGCCGGACUCGUUCAGGAAUCCGAGGAGCACGUUUUUGCCGCGUUAUGAGUGGUUCACGCCGCGCGAGAUUCACAUAUUGCAGACGCGCGUCCUGAUCGACGACCCGAUGAAAGGCCAUAAGAAGAAGAAGAUUCCUCUGGCCGCGUUCAAGAGAGCAUUCCUCGACUGGCGCAUAUGGAUUCACUUCCUCAUCACCCUCGGCAACAACGGUCCCCAGAGGGCCUUUGACACCUACGCGCCCUCCAUCGUCACCAGCUUCGGCUUCACCGGCCUCAGCAGCAACGCCCUCGCUGCCGUCGGCCUCUUCCUGCAGGUGCCCGUGUCCUUUACCUUUAGCUGGUUCUCCGACAAGUUCAACCGCCGCGGCGAGACCGUCAUGGUCGGCCUGUUCGGCCACCUGCUCGGCUACAUCCUGAACCGCGCCUUCACCCAGGUCAACUCGCGCGGCGUGCGCUACUUUGGCGUCAUCUGGACGCAAAUGUUCGGCACCUUUUCGCACCCGCUCAACAUUGCCUGGCUCUCGUUGACCUGCCACGAUUCGGAGCAGCGCGCUCUCGCCAUGGCUGGUGUCAUUAUGAAUGCAAACAUUGCGGGCAUCUAUGGCGCGCAAAUCUUCCGCAGUGACGACAAGCCGCUCUACAGGCGGGGAUUCAGCGUCGCCAUUGCCAUCUUAUCCUUUGCCGUUGUCCUGUCCUUUGCUCGCUGGCUUGACGAGCGGAUUAGAUUACGUAGAAAGAGACAAAGUGUGGCAGCAUAG